CAUCGAUCGACUCUCGAAGGGUCGAGAUAACAGCUUUGGAGUCUUGAGAAACUCUAUAGCCCCACCAGAUUACGUGGAAACACAAAAAUGCAUGAGAAAAGUCAGGGCCAGGCCAUUGCAUUUUGAAACGUCUGGCAGUAUACUUCCUGAUGAGAUACAGUUGCUUUCGUUGGAUCUGUUGACCGGCGCAAAAUUGCUUUGGUGGUUAAUGAUAUAAGAACGCUCACGUAUUGACCUUCAGGUCAUUAUUCAAGUCUAACUUUCCUCAGACCUUCAGUCAGUCUACUCGCCAUGGGUGGUCUACACCUUGUACCAGCUGAACUUGGUGGCAUACUCAUCGAGUCUUUCAUCUAUGGCAUGUAUGUUAUUAUGUUCUCGGCCUGCAUGUAUGUGCUCGUCGGCAGACAGCUCAACAGACCUAAAGAACGCCGUAAGCCAUUGAACAAACCUCUCGUCGCAGCUUGCGUUGUAUUGUUCAUGUCUAUAACUACGCACUGGUUCCUUAAUAUGAUUCGGGCAUUUCACGCCUUUGUGCGUGAAGGUCACAAGCCGGAUGGCCCACUCAAUUCAUUCGGUAAACUCUCGGAUCCGCUGAACGUCACGAAAACUGGGUUGUACAUGUUCGACAUCGUCAUAGGGGACUUGAUCAUGGUUUACCGUCUGUGGAUUGUUUGGAAUCAUAACAAACUAGUAUGCGCUCCUCCAGCUCUCUGUGUCCUUGCGGUGAUCGCUACUGGUACUGGUAUCACCUAUCAAUUCACUCAACUACAACCGGACCAGGAUGUAUUUCUUUCACAAUGUGGACGGUGGAUCACGUCGUCGUGGAGUUUGACCCUGGCUACCAAUGUGUAUAGCACCAGCAUGCUCUCGUACAAAAUUUGGAACAUCAAUCGUGCUGUCAAGCGGCUACGUUCAUCGACUACCAUGUAUAUUAUGGUGAUCGUCAUCGAGAGUGCCGCAAUCUACACUGCAUUCUCGUUCAGCGCAAUGGUGUCGUAUCUCUCCAAAUCAAAUAUGCAGUUCCUCAUUCUCAAUGCAUGUAACCCGGUCAUUGGUCUGGUCUUUUGCAUGAUCAUUGUUCGAGUUGGCCUCGGGCUUGGUGACAAGCACGUCAUCACAACCGCACUUCCGGUCGACCUAGGUGAUAAGUUCUCUUCUGGAUCCGGAAUGGGCUUGAACGGGUCCCGCGCACUUCAGGGUAACGUUCAUCCUCUCAGUCAUCUGAAGCCAAUAUCCGUCAAUGUUUCCACCCACAUCGACACUGCAAUCGAUGAUGAUAUGCUACCCCGUCGACACAGCCAAGGAUUACCAGAUGGAUAUAAAAUUAGUCACGAUGAGUCGCUUUGAAGCGUGCGAUUGUUGGGUUUAAAGUUUUCGGUGGAGGGGUUGGUUUCGAGAGUGUAUUGCUGCUGGAUACAACGAUCCUCUCCCAUGAGUAUCUCGUUUCGAAUAUUUCUUCUAUUUAUUACCAUCGGGUUACCAUUUCGUUGCCUCGUAGCCCACUCGAGCCGUGUACUUUACAAUCUUUUCGAACAGUUUGCCACUGCUUGUGACCUGUGACCCCACC